UAACCUCUCUCUCGUCCUUUCUCGGAUCACCACAAAUCCCUUUUAUUCCCUUCUCCCAUUUCAACCCCAUUUAUCUCCUCCAUUCUCAUCCACUUGAAAUCCUGUUUUUUUUCCUCUAAACUUUCAACAAAAAACACUUCAAUUACGAAUCCCUCAAUCCAAUAAAACUUCUUUCUUGUUCUUUUCCUCCCACAUUUCACAUUUCUUGGAUUUUCUUGGAAUACUAGACAAAACCCACCUUUCAAGAUCCCCCCUACAACUCAUCCCCUUCUGUUUUUGUUUCUUUCUGGGGCUUUCUUGGCCUUAAUCUUGCGAAUUACGAGGUGGGUGUUCUUGACGAUUUGACCUUUUGCGAAAAAGAAAAGGUAAAUCUUUGAUGUGGGCAAGAGUCGAUUCGUGUGUUUGACGUUUGGAGCUGAUUGUAGUUCCACAAAAAUGGGGUUCGAAGAAAAGAAGGAAGGAGAGAAGAGUGGACAUGAAGAAAGUGGUGAUGAGAAAGAAAAUCAUGGGAAUAUGAAGAGGGUCGAGAGUGAGCCCUCUUUGUGUGAAACAGAGGAUGAAGGUGAAGAUGCCGAAGGUAAUAAAAUUCAAGUGGGUCCUCAAUGCACUCUCAAAGAACAAUUUGAAAAAGAUAAGGAUGAUGAGAGCUUGAGGAAAUGGAAGGAACAACUUCUUGGAAAUGUUGAUAUUAAUGAUGUUGGAGAAUCACUAGAACCAGAAGUGAAGAUUCUUAGCCUUUCGAUCGUGUCACCAGGGAGAUCAGACAUUGUUCUUCCCAUACCUGAAAAUGGGAAGCCAGAAGGCCGAUGGUUUACCCUAAAAGAAGGCUGUCGUUAUAGCCUCAGGUUCUCCUUUCAAGUCAGCCAUAACAUUGUUUUAGGCCUCAAAUACACCAACUUUGUUUGGAAAACCGGUGUCAAAGUGGAUAGCACAAGACAAAUGCUUGGAACCUUUAGUCCUCAAAAUGACGCCUACACUUAUGAGAUGCCUGAAGAGACUACUCCUUCUGGAUAUUUUGCUAGAGGAUCAUAUUCUGCUAAAUCUAAGUUUGUGGACGAUGACAACAAGUGCUACUUGGAGAUCAGCUAUUCGUUUGACAUCCGAAAGGACUGGGCAACUGUUGAAUAGACAAAAGAGAAAAGACUUCUGUUUUCAAGAUUCAUAGUAAGACAAUAGAAAAACUCAAAAAAAAAUUAAAAAAUUAAAAAGUUUGGAUUCGAUAGUGUCAUAUCUGGGCAAAUUCAUUUGUAGUGUCGAUGCCAUAAGCUGUUUGAGCGAAAGAAUUGAUUUUUUUUUUUUUUUUGGUGUGUGUGCUCGGUUAAUCCUCAAUAAAGAGGGAGAUUAAGGUUAGAUGUUCCUGGUUUUCCCUCAGUUUUCAAGAUUUAUGUGAUAAAAUUGUAUUGUUGUUUUCGAUUUUGUAUUUUAUGGUGUGCAAAUUUGUGGUGUUGACUAAUGACUUUGGGUUUGAUCUUGUUUAAAUGUUUACAAUGUUUAUGGCAAGAUUUGAACGGUUUGAAUUGGUUUUA